GACUUCUUUACUGAAGAGCUGACGAUUCAUACUUUCGUGUUUUACAUACCAUCAUGCAGUGACAUAAAUAGAUAAUACAUUAUUCCUGAUAUCAUAUAUUUUGACAGAAGAUGGAGAGAAAUCAAGAAAACCAAGACGGAAAUCCAACUGAAUAUUAUGUGAAUGCAAGACAGCAUGUGAGACCUAGAAGGUACAGAAGACGGUUAAAAAAAGCCAGAUUACAUGUAGACCACAAUGAUGACAAACUCAGUGACAAUGGUUUUAGUACACUUUCAAAAGAUGACCCAAAAAACGACAGUGAUUCAACAAUUGUAGAUCUUAGCAAAGAUCCUAAUUCCGAGAAUUCUGCAUAUAGUGGUGCCAGCGCUAAUCAGCUUAAUGAAAACAAAUCCGUAACAAACACAAACAAUGGUAUGACAUGUACACUCUUAGAAAAGGAAACAUCAAAGGAUGAUGUAAUGAAUUACUUGAACAAUGACUCUGAAGACAAUUUUAAUUCCAGUCCUGUUGCCUCUCCAUUACCAGAUCAACCGGUGGACAUGUCAGUGAAUUGUGGCAACAGAGAAGAUGAUUUGAUACAUUUCAUUAAGCAACAGGAAAGUACACUUCUCGACUCCUUGUUGGCAGAUCUAGAACCUAAUACUGGAAAAGAAGAUUUUGAGGAAAAUGAGGACACAACAGCAAAUGUUCAUAGAGAAAGAAAAGAAGAUGAUGCUCCUGUUCAACCUGGUCAUUGGCUUACACUGAAAACAAGUGUACUUCUCAUUUGGAUUUUUGCAAUUACACACUCAUUGACUUCUUCUCAGCUGAAAGAUCUUCUGACAUUAAUAAACCUGCUUCUUCUUCAAUCAAACCCUGCCUUUGAAAGCUUGUACAGGUUUAAAACUUAUUUUUCAAAUUUGGAAAUGCCUGCUAGGAAACAUUAUUAUUGUGCCAGUUGCUACUCGCCAGCUGACGUUGAACAGCAUUCAUGUGCAAAUCCAACCUGUCGUAAAGAUCUAACUAAGGUCAACAACAAAGAAUACUUUCUGGAACUAGAUAUUCUAUCCCAAUUGAAAACAUUUUAUGCAAGAGAGGAAUUUGAAGAAGGGUUAAAACAUAAAUUUUCAAGAGUUAAAAAGAGGAAUGAUAGCAUUGAAGAUGUGUAUGACAGUCAACAAUAUCAAAAUUUGUGUGUAAAUGAUGGCCCAUUGAGUAAACCAUAUAAUGUUAGUUUUGUUUUUAAUACGGAUGGCGUCCCAAUAUUCAAAAGUUCCAAAACUUCAAUUUGGCCAAUCUUUUUGAUUAUAAAUGAAUUACCGUACAAAAUGCGAAAAAGUAGAAAAUACAUGAUUUUAGCAGGCUUGUGGUGUGGUUCAGCCAAGCCAUCAAUGAACAUCUUCCUAGAGCCCAUGUUGAAAGCCUUAUCAGAACUUGAAAAAGGUGUUGAAGUAACAACUUAUAGUGGAAAAACAGUGAAUAUUAAGGGUUUUUUGCUUGCAAUAUCAUGUGAUUUACCUGCAAGAAGUGCUGUUUUAAAUAUUAACCAGCACAACGGAGAGGGCUGUUGCAUAAAAUGCCUACAGCUUGGGAAAAAUCAUCGAACUCAGACUGGUGGGAACAUACGGGUAUUUGAAUAUAAAAAGGGUGAUCCAUCAGGACCUUGUAGAACCCAUGAAUCCAUAAUGCAGGAUGCUCAAAACAUAACAGACAUGAAUAAGAAAGCUACUUCUCACAUUAAUGGAAUUAAAGGGCCAUCAGUUGUUAUGUUUUGCCCCCAGGUUGAUGGUGUGAAGAGUGUGGCAAUUGAUUAUAUGCACCUUGUUUGCCUUGGAACUGUUCGUCUUUUGUUGAAACUAUGGUUCAACGUCUCUCAUAGUUUGAACAAUUUUUCUCUAUACCGUUAUACAGAAAUUGUUGACUCCCGCUUGGAAGAAAUAAAGCCACCACAUUUAAUUUCCAGACAGCCUCGUUCAAUAAGUGAACAUAUGAAAUUUUGGAAGGCAUCAGAAUUACGUUCAUGGUUUUUUAUUACUCGAUUCCAUGUAUUGCUGAUCUUCUACCACCAUUAUUUUGUAUCACUACUGCGCAUUUGUUGAAGGCAUUUAUUUGCUUUGUCAAUCAAGUAUUAGCCUGUCUGACAUAGAGAAAAGUGAAGAACUCUUGAGGUACUUCGUAUUUAUGUUUUCGUCACUUUAUGAUGAGAGAUAUGUAACCAUAAAUGUACAUUCUUUGUUGCAUUUACCUCAAACUGUUCGAGAUCUUGGACCUUUGUGGUCAGUUUCAUGCUUCUCUUUUGAGAGCGCAAAUGGAGAAUUGUUGCAGUUAUUUCAUGGGACUCAAAGCAUUGACCUUCAGAUUGUGAAUGCAGUUCAUGUUUUUCAGAUGCUCCCCUUGUUGUCUCAGACAAUCUCAAGUCAGUCUGUUGCUUUUGAAUUUGUUAGAAAACUUACAAAACUGCAAGAAAAUGCUGAUUUAUCAGUUUUCUUUGCUGGGCAAACCUUAUCAGAAACAUAUUUCAGAAGAGCUUAAACUGAACAUUGUAAAGUUGGCAAAUGCAAUACAGUUUGAUGUUAAUUUCUACAACAGAGCAAUUGUAAGGGGUGUACUCUUUCAGAGUUUAGAUUAUACUAGAGUGUCAAAACGGAAUUCUUAUACUGUUAAGUAUUAUCGCAACAGAGUGUUCUGUUAUGGCUUUGUAAAAUGGUUUGCUGAAGUUAGUGAUGGAAUACAUGGCAAAUCUAUUCAAAUUGUCUGUGUCAAUGAACUUAUGACAAAGAAUGUUUGUUUGUUUAAUAUGCAUCAUGAUAAAAUUGCUCCAGAUGAACACAUAUCUGAAAAUUUUAUAGAGGUAAAGAUUCCACAUAUUCAUUUUUUCCAGAAGAGUGAUAAGGAAUGUAUUGUGCUUCUGAAAAAUAUAAUGGAUCUUUGUAUUUGUAUUGAAAUGGAGAAUUUUAUUGUUGUUUGUGAUGAACCAAAUCACCAUGAGAGAAACUUAUAAGUAUCAGAUAUUAUUACACUGGACAUGUGUAGUUACAGCAUUUAAUUUCUGCAGGUCAAACAUGCAUGUAUAUUCUUCACCAGAGUCUGUUCAACAAAUUUUGUAAUUGUACAUUCUCCAAAAACAAUGCUUGGGAUAGAACAGUAUGGCCUAUAGUUUUAGACUAUUUUCCAUUGAAUAGAUAAGUAUUGUUUUAAAUAUUUUGGGGUUACUUAAAGCACAGGUAAUGCCAGAUUUUCACAUGCCAAGUUUCUCACUAAUGUAUAGUUUAAUAUUAAAGUCAAAAGACAUUCACAAGAAUAGUCAUCAAUAAUUCCUAUUUUAUGCUAACCAAGAAAAAAGUUUAUGUCCAGCCUAUGCUUUUACCAGAUACUUUCAAGCGGCUCUACCUGGUAAUGGUCAACUUUUCUUGGACAGUAACACAACCUUUUCCUUAUGAUCAGUGUUAUAGGUAUAUUGUUGGAGCUUAUCAUUCUCACCAAUCCAAAAUGUCUGCUUCCAAAAUACAAAAGCUAGGAUGUUGAAAUUCUCAGCUUACCUAAAAUACAUCAGUCCUACUGUUGCAAUACACCGUGAAUUAUGAAAAAAUAAGUGCAGAACGAAAUUGUCAAGUAUUUUUUGUUUCGGAUCUGUUGGUUUAAGGCAGCUGAUCCUGCUUUUUAAUAACACAAUUAUGUACUGUAUGAUAUUUCAGUUAUGUCUGUCUCAUUUUUGGCUUGCUGAUGGUUCAAGGCACAGGCAAUGUAUAUUUAUUUUCAUUUAUUUUCUGUCUCAUUUUUGAAUUACUGAUACUUCAAGGCAGCAGACACUGUUACAUUAUAUUUUUGUUCUGUCUCAUUUGUGAAAUGCUGAGGGUCAAGGGUUGCAGUUAAUAUUGUAUGACGUUACAUUUAUAUUGAUGUCACAAUUUUGAACUGCUUAUAGUUUAAGGCUGCAGAUAUUGUCACAUGACCUUACACUUAUUUGAAAGUCAUGUGUUUGAAUUGCUGACCGUUCAAGGCCGCAGACAUGGUUAUGUGACAGUACAUUAUUUUUGUUUAAAGCUAUUUUGUGCAUUAUUAUAUAUGUAGGUUCAUGUUAAUGUUUAUGAUUUCUUGCAGUUUAAGACUUUUUUAUCUGUCUUGAAAUAUUAUAUAUAUUACUCAGUUCUUGUCUGUUCAUAAUUCAAGGGUUAAUUAUUUUGAGCUCUUAAGACAUGUGCAAUCCUCACUGGGUGGCAGUAACUCCUUCUGGCGUUCAUCAAGUUGUGUUUUUUUCAGGCCAUUUUUAUUACAAAAGAAUGUGAGGUUAUGAACAUAAUUGGUGUAAUGUGAAUUUUUAUGGUAUUUUGAAUAAAUGCCAAUUUUUCAUUUAACACCAAAUGCGUUGUUUUUCACAUUCAAAUUCUACACAAUUUUUGAUCUUACACCUCAGCCUUGGACAAUUCAUAUCCUUGGACAAUUCAUAAUUGUAUAGUAUUGACUGUAUUUAUAUUAAAGGCAAAAGAUAACAAAAUUUAAGAACUCCAUUCAAAAACUGGUUAUGCCAAUCUUUAAUUGAAUUUUUAAUAAGUUGUUGGUGACAAGAAUUCAGUUAGACCUUCACAUUUAAAUUUAAAGCUUUGUACCAAAUAUGCAUAAAAUGACUUUUUUUUUAUAUACUGAACAGCAAAAGAAAAUAUCCAGUUUUAUAACUGGGGUAUUUUUUAUUUAAAAACUUCAAUUUAUAAAUCACUCGUGUUUUUCAUAUCACAUUACACUUGAAGAACUUUACAUGUAAAAUUUUAAAAAAUCAAUCAACCGUGAAGUCAGAAGUCCCACAAUAGCCGUUUUGCACGAAAUUCAUGUGCAUCUGUAAUUAACAAAUUUCUUUGUGAAAUUUUAUUGUCAUUGGAAAUAUUGACAAUUGGCUAACUCGAAAAACAUCAUAAAGUUUAAAAAAUAUUGUUGGUUGCACCGCACGACUGAAUCAAAUUUAGCACGAGCGCCCAGUUGGGAUGUUACAAUGCAGCUGAUGCGCAGAAGAUAUAGCCUUUCAAACGGCUAUUGUAGGAAUGCUGACUUCACGGUUGAUUGAUAUUUAAAAAAUUAUCACUUGAAGAUCUUCAAGUGUAAUUUUGGUAUGAAUUGAAAAAUUAAUUUUUAUUUCAAAAUUUACCAGUUAUACAUCUGGAUAGUUUCUUUUGCUGUUCAGUAUAUUAUAAGACAAUCAAUAUUUUAAAGGGAUAACAUAUUUUAUAUUGAAGUCUUGAUGAAUUAUUGUGAGAUCAAUGUUUAUAGUAUGUUUUCAUAUCA